AUGUCUAUGUAUUAUAAGAAAGCGGCCUGUGAUAGGCCUACCAUUGGAUGCAGCGUUUUGUACGCCAAUUGCUUAUCAGCGGCCAAACCGUACACUUGUUUCAGUCGUUUGAGUCCGUCAAAUUGUUUGAGCCGGUACACCAACACUUACACAAUGCGCGAGAUUGUGCACAUCCAGGCCGGUCAGUGCGGUAACCAAAUCGGCUCCCAGUUUUGGGAAGUGAUUAGCGAAGAGCAUGGCAUCGAUAUGACCGGUCAUUAUGUCGGCAAUAAUAUCCAGCAGUUGGAGAGGAUUAACGUCUACUACAACGAGUCGUCGUGUAAUACACUUAACGCAUGA